GCGCUGCCUUCAUUCACAGGCACACGAUACUCUCUAUCUUUCUUGACCUAGCGACAUGGAGCGAUAGUGAGCUACCCUUACCGAAUAUGGUGAACUCACUGCAUUUCCUCCAUACACUCGUCGCCACGGGCGAAUUACGAUAUCAACGAUGAGCAACAUACCUGAGGCCCCAUUGGUACCGCCAGUGGUAGACGAAGCCGAACUAAUAGGACUGGGCACGUCCGAUCCUCCUAUUAUUGAAGCAGAGCCGUCACAGGUCCUCGAUCCUCCCCUCGAUACCGCCGAACAGCAAGGCCUCCUCUUCGAUAGAAACAUUCCACAAUCCGCUGGGCGAAAUGACCCCGGUAUAUCUGGACCAAACCGGCCAGGGCUGCAGCGAGGGAAUUCAGUGCCCACACCAGCGCCGCUACAUCUACCUCCUCCUGUUCCCCCAGGCUCGUUGGGAGGCAAUCAGACCGCCGAUCCUCUCUCAAUCACCCAGCUGCAAGGCCUUGCAAAAGACUUGACAAAGGUCGAACUUGCGCCGUACGCUUUCACAUACGAUGAUGCUUCUUGCCUGGAGGAAGAGAUUGAGGAAUGGUUUUCGUACAGUGUGGAAGAACAGGCUAUGCUACUCAAGGCCCAGACAGCAUUCACGAAUGAGUGGAACAUGUAUCGCAGGACUGCAGACGGCUUGGGGAAUAAGGACUGGAGCCAAGCGGAGGAGAAUCAGGAAAUUUUCAUGAGGUCCCUUUUGACUUCAAUAAGACAGUCGGAUCCCGUGACGCGGCUCAGGAAGCUCGAGGCAUUGGUGUACAUUCUGCUCGGUUGUUGGCAUGAAAGUGCGGGUCUCGGUCCAGCCUCAAGCGCCGAAUCGACAGAAAAGAGUCCUGAUAGAAGUCCAAAGGCAGUUUACGGAAAAUCGGCGCGUCAAAUUCGAUUGCUAAGAAGUAAUGUCCGUUUGUUGAUCGAAUGUGGCGGGUUGCCGAUUCUUGUUAAGACGAUGAAAUCUGCCUGUCUCAGAGCCUGUGGGGUCGAUGUCGAUCCUACUGCUCCUCGAGAUGGAAAAGAGGCAGAACGCCGGGAAGUUUGGUGCUCGAUGACUGCCAUCUAUGUGGUGCUAGAAGUUGCACGCAUCGAAGAGAAGGAAAACCAGGAUCUUUCCAUCCGAAGUGCGCUUCUAGCAUUAAAUCCCGGCAUCUUCAUCAUACUGGCAGAGAUUGUUGCAAAGAUGCGGUGGGACGAUUCGAUCAAUCUUUCGUUGCCAAAAAUAUGCCUGUUGUUAUGGAAGACCGCCCUCGUCUCAUUUGGCGGUCUGUCCGAAGUAGAAAAAGCUAAGGAAACCUUCAACAAGGAUCUCGAUCUUGAGUCUGAAGACGCUCGAGGACAACCGAUCAUUACCGCAUCGCCAUUGGACUACCACGCGUUUCGCCAGGAAAUAAGCUCAAAAUAUCCGGCAUAUAAUCCUCCGCCUCCCCUGUUUCCACUUGAACCCGAAAACAACUCAAUCCUACCACCACUCAAAAACCACCCCAAUCGAGCUGCCGGAAACCACGUCUUUGGUUCUGGAUUGGGUGAUAUGAAUGGUAACAACACUUCUAUCUUCCAUCAGCCGGUCCAUAUUGCCACUCCUGCGCCAUCUCCCCCUCCGUCUCCAGCUGGACCGGGCGGAAAGGGAGGAAAGAAGCAGAACUACCAGACGAACCAGAUGUUCCCUUUCCUUUACCCACCAUUGGAUGAAUCGAGCAACAAGCUCGGCGGAAAAGGCUCUACCGAUCUUCAAGACUUGCUUGUCGGGCGCAAGUGGGAGGGUGCAGAUAUUCCUACAUCUAUUCUGGAAGCAGCAGAACUAUUUUCUAAGCGAAUGCGAGCCACUCGUGCGAUGAAGCAGCUAUGGGAGGAGCGCGUCCAGUUCAUGAAGUACGAACGUGGUUGGUCUGGCGCUGACGAAGACAUUGAUGUCGAGGCUUUAUCCCUCGAGCCUAAGGCGGAUGAGCAGAAACCGGUCCAUCCAUCAGGAAGCACCGAAGAGAGGCUGGAUCUAGUGGAGGAGUGCUAUCGGGCGGCUCUGCCCCAUCUCCAGUCUUUGGUCAUCGUGCUCAUCAAAGCAAUUCUCACGCACGUAACUACUCUAGUCACGCAAAGCAAUGGACCAAACGGUUUACAAAGUGGAUUCCAUUUCCAAGACCACCAAAAUGGUCCAUCUCAUAUGAACGGAAUCAAUGGGCACGACAACGUCACGACGAAUGAGGAGCUGGAUGCAAUGCGCACCCAGGAAAUCCUCGACAAAGCCGUCUCCGGCAUUCUGAUACUGAUGUUGAAAUGGUUCAAAGUGUCUCAUAUCCUCAAAUUCGAAUACAUUACACAGCUUCUUGUAGAUUCCAGCUAUGUCCCCCUGAUCUUGAAGCUCCUCCAACUCCAAGAGGUCGACAAGGCGGUUGCUUUCAAGUGCGAGCAGGAGGAAUUAAACUUCUUCUACUUCUGCCGCACCCACUCCCGCGCUGGUAUCGAAGAGAACAUACCCUCGCAACAACAGCAACAAUCAUCGCCCGGAGACCCCGACACAACCACACAAGACCACGAACCAGAAGCCGACUCCGACUCAGACGACGCAGCACCACCCCCCAUCCGCACCACACGCCGCAACUCGAACCCGGACCCGCAACAACACCCCUCCCCCGACCAAAUGCCCCUUCCCCCAGGCAUAUACCCCCCCCUCCAACAAGCCCCGGAGGUCGACGAACUCGGCUUCCCAACCACCCAAUUCCCGACCACCCCCAUAACCACCUACUCCUUCCGCGCCUUCUUCACCACGAUAAACUACCUACGCAUCAUGCAAAAAGUCUGCAAAAACAAAGCCCACCGCAACCUGAUGCUGGUAUCCUACAAGUCGUCCCAAUUCCUCCGGAAAUCCCUCAAAGUCCCCGAACCCUCCCUCCGCCUCUACACCCUCAAGCUCUUCAAAAACCAGGUCCCCUACUGCGGCCGCAAGUGGCGCCAGACGAACAUGCGCGUCAUCACCGCCGUCUACCUCACCUGCCGCCCGGAGCUCCGCGACGACUGGCUGGCCGGCAGCGACGUCGACGCCGAGGUCGACGAGAGCGUGCCGCUUGAGCAGGCGCUCCGCGCGCUGACGCACUGGUUUAAUCUGAGGAGGUACCCCGAGGGUAUGGGUGCGCGGAUGGGGGUGCUGGAGGACGAGCAGGAUUUCUUCAGGAGGGAGCUCGAGAAGAUGGAUUGGAGUGAUUUGGAGUUUCUGGAGGCGGCGGCCGCGGCGGAGGCGGCGGAGGCGGGAUCGAGUUCUGGGGGAGGGGGCGUGUGGGAUGCGCAGCAGUUGGAUGGGUGGUCGUAAACGUACAUCUUAGACAUUAGACCUUGCCUUGAUUGAGAG